CACGGACUUACGUAUCCCUUUGCAGGAAAGAAUGUUGCUACUAGAGAUGCUAGUGGCAGCGUGAAUGAGUGAAUGAAUGUAAAUGUAAAAACAAGCGAAAGUUGUAAACACAAUCAGGAUCACUAGGUCUUGGGUCCCCUCCUGAAGAAGCUUCACGGGACAACAACAAAAUGGCUCGUCGUUACGCUAGCGCGCAGGAAGCGUUCAAUUCAUUCGUUGCCCCGUUAUGCAUUUUACUGGGGCUCUUCUUCCUGUGGUUCCAGCUCUUGAGACGUAAUAUACAUUAAGGGAAUGAUGAUAAUCUCAAUCCUGUAGUUGAUUUGAAUAUAAAAGUGGUCAUCUAGAAGGAGCAGGUUUUUUAUCUUGAAAAAUAUACACUAGUAGAAUAAUUUAUAGAUGAACGGAUGUAGGAUGGCCUUGGAUGGAUCGGAUGGACCCCCCUAAGCCCUCCGGUCCUACUUGUGAAUGGUGGGAAGUCCAUCCGUUCCAUCCGAUCCAUCCCAUCCCGGAUCUGGCACCCCUAUCGAUUAUUCUACUUUUGGCUGACUUUAUCUCUGACUUGAUAGCUUUUUACUUUUCUACUAUCACGACUGUCUAAUCUUCUUAUAAUUAUUUAUAUUCAAGACAACUGGAUUUGUUCUUGAAUAAGUAUUAGCUCUCCACCCAACAACACCACCACCACCACCACCACCACAGAAUCACGCAAGCAAUCGAGUAAGCACGGCCAAGUGUCGCAGCCGCAAUGGAGUUUGGAAAGGUUUCUAGACUACUUGUUUGGGGAUGCAGAGACUGGAGCCAUUAAACCAGUGCCACAGGUGAAGGGAAAUGGCUAUUUGAAAGCUCGCAAAAAUAUAUGAAAGGAAAGGAAAAAGUAUACCUAGUGUAAGUAGAAGUACUCCUCAUGAAUGAGAAAGAGAAUGAUUGUCAUCAAGAAAUUCGGCACGUUCUAAAUUGGAGGUGCCUCUACUAGACACCUUCUAAGUAGAGAGAUGCCCCUUUUCUUGACUGUGAAAAAUAUUCUUGAGAACGAUGAGGCAUCCUAUCCUAUCCUAUGAGUAAGUGCACCCUUUUCCUUUCAUGAAAUAAGGGCAAGAACAAGAAUCAGGGCGCAAACAAACGAGGAGGGAAUGGGACCAGUGCAAAUGACGAUAUGAAUGGAAAGAGUAUCAAAGGUGAAAAUAGUAUCAAAGAUAAAAAUAGUAUCAAAGAUGAUGAUGAAGAGCACGAAGUUGAGACUAGUCCUAGCACAUGCACAUCAGGAGCUAUGCUUGAGGAAAACAGUGCUUCUGCAACCCUAGUGGAACACGCAGAGCAACGAGAAUCCUCUUCUACAUCUACAAUCUCUCAUCAUGAACCCAUUGCGAAAGGCAAAAAGAAUAAGAACAAAAGGGCACGAGGAGGACAAGCACAAGCACUUCGACAAGCGGGCGAAGGUGAAAUGACAGCGCCUGUAGAAGUACAACCACUUCUUUCAGAGCCUGUAGAAGUGCAACAAGACGAGGUGAAACCAACGUCUACUGCCUCUAGUACGUCGGCAACUAUUCUAGAAGAUGAAGACUUGAUCUCAGCGAAGAAGGCGAAGAAGAAAAAACGUGCACUCGAGAAAAAAGCUGCUGAAGCCGCUGAGGCAACCGCUGCUCAGGCUACAAUGGAGAAGCGAGCUGCUGAAGAACAGAAGAAGGUACUAGCUAUUUGAGUCUUCACAAGCUGUUAGUUUUAUUUCUCAGUGAAGUAACCUCUACUAGGGUCUUCCUCAAAGGGUUGUUGCUCAGUGAAGUAGGGAACCUGGUGGGAAAUCUGAAUGAUAUGUGAUGUUCUUAAUCAGUGUUGAUGUUGAUGAACCUGGAUGUUCUUGUUGCCACCUCGAUGGUGCCGAGUAGAUAUUCAUGCAUAUUCUGACGCAUUAUACAAUGAAUUUUCAUCGGUCUCCUGUCAUCUUCAAAUUCUGAGACAAUAAUUUUUCUUUUACAAAAAAAAGGCGUCGCCGUCACCUUCUACUGAAGAAAGCACAAGCGGCUCAGACCUAGUGCAGCAGUACGAGACUAUGAUUACAUCUCACAUUAAUAGCGGGACUGGAGUUAUGGCUAAGAAGAACAUUUGGUUUUCAUUCAUUCAUAUGCGUAGGCUGGGAAUUUGCAAUUCAUCCAUUUUGGUAGAUGGGAAUUUGGUAUCUAUCUCUUUUUUCAAUAGCAUCAUCUCUUUAUUUCAAUAGCAUCUCUCCCAAUGAGACUAUCCUCUUGAUGUCCCGCCCAUAGUUGCAAGAAUAAGGGAUAGAAGGGAGACGUCAAAGGAGCUACUGAACAAAUGAAGAGAACAUCACCGAGUCCGAUUGAAUCCAUUCAGCUUCGCAAGCGCACUCUACCACUAUUGGCACCGUCCUCUAAUGCUCCUACCCGUGGUGUAAGAACAUCUUCGUCACCAGGCGUUCCAACCGAGCAAGCUCAUCAACAUCCUGCAGAAUUUCAAGAUGUCACCGUCCAGCAAGCACAGCGUAUCUCCUGGGCAGACGAUUUAGAGGAGGACUUAGCCGCUGAAGCGGAGGAAUCGGGUCUCGGGAUUACCGAAGACGGCCUAUCUUUCUUUUUUCUAGCUAGGUCGGCUCCACCACAAUUAUGGAAGUACUAGUACUUGGGCAGGACUCGCCGUUUCUGGAAGUAGUGAUGUAGGACUAUUGUUAUUAGCAGCAAAUGCGUACUGACAACUCAGUCGUGGAACCUUGAUCAUCAUCAUACGGGACUAGUAUCUUGGGGGCUUAGCUUUAGCAAUAUUAGCAGCUAAUGGAAGUUGGUAUUUCUAACUGGCAAUGGUAUUUCUAAAAAGAGAACAAGUUACAGUUAAUAGAGGUGAGCUUCCACUUAGUCCAACAACUCAGGGAUUCGGAUUACUUCUUAGAUUUUGCAGUUUCAGUCUUCCAAAGAAAUUGAAAUGCCAUAUUUUGAUCUUUGAACUUCCUACAAGCAUAACUACAAGUACAACAGCAAGAAAUCCCUUAUUUCUUCUAAGACUCGCUUUCGCAGGAACAACGUUUUCGUGGGAACCGAAGUUUCGGGCUUCGAUGGAGCCUUUGCCAAGCUGGGUGCGCCACUACGCGAAGCAUGGCGCAACUAGUGUGAAGAGGCGAACAGCUGGAGCUAGUACGAGAAAAGUGGCUGCGGCAUGAGCAAGUGGUGAAGGCUCGGGUUUACGCCAGCCCAAACUAGGAGACGAAGGAAGCGUCAAGGCAGCGGAAAUGAUACAUAAGGAGCAUCAUAUGAUGUUGGAGGAAAUGAGAGCUGUGGGAAUUGACCUUGUUGUCGGCUGCCAUUUUGUCUGUACGGUGGUCACGAGAGGCCACACCAAGUACCUGCGACCACGAAGAUUCUUCAGAUCAUAAAUGUCGCAGGUUCGCAUCAUACUUCUAUAAAUAUUAUGAAUGUAAUGGUGGUACUGCCUGCUCGGUCAAUUUCAAGACAAGAAAAAGAUCCAUGCAAGAACAUGUCACUGAGUCGACGUCUGGCAUUGACUCUUUCUGUUGAAUAACAACAACUGCGACUCCCCUUGUUGUUGCGAGGAGCAAGAGAUGAAGGUACAAAAUUCAGUACAACAUAAUACCUUCAAUCUUCUAGAACCCAGUACAACAACAUCAUACGUACCUCCCUGUCAAUCUCACCGUAAUCCUCCACCUACUGAGGCACGUGAGGCUGAGGAGCUGCUUUUCUCCUGAUUGAUUGGUGCCGUGGUUUUGUUGGUGAC